AUGCCAUGGUUUACGUUGAGGCAGUAUGAAUCUCCAGGAAAUAAUUUCAAAUGGCUUGUUUGGUUGUUUGCCUUUUUGGGUACCAUCUAUCAGUGUAUUUUUCACGAAAGAUUCAAAACGAUAGAGACUUUAUUGUAUAUUUCUUUUGCUGUCGUACCUUUUAGUGCUAUAUACAGUAUGUGUGACCUUAGUGAUCUAACGUUAAUGCUAGCUGGUGGUAUUGUUUACACGAUAGGCGUUAUUUUUUUAAAUCAGACGGCAUCAUACCUUUUGCGCAUACACUUUGGCAUCUUCAUGUUGUUGUUGGUGCAGCAUUACAUUGGUAUGCCGUUUAUAGCACACUUCUUGGACCAAAUAAUUAACUUUCACCCAAGCAAACAUAAAACAGUAGAUCAUCAAAAGCUUUUUAUGAGUGUAGUAUUACUUAGAUAG